UUUGGUUUCGUCGCCAUCCCCUCGCUCUCUCCCUGGCCCGAGUCGAUAUCUCACCGCACGGGUAAAAAGGAGCCCGACGCCUCGCCGCCACGGCGACACGCGACCAAAAAACCCUAGGGAAAGCUAGCGAGAGAGACCUCAGAACCUCACGCAGGGGCUAGGGCUAGGGUCCAUGGAGAGCCUCGUCCUCGCCUCCUCGUGCUCCGCGUCCCCGCGCCUCUCCCUCCUCUCCGCCGCCCGCGGCCGCCGCCCCUCGCUGCCUCUCCCCGCCGGCGUCGGGCGGAGGGGACCCAGGAGGACGAAGCUCGUCGUCGCCGCGGCGACGGCGGCUCGCGGAUCCAGGAACGUUUUGGAGGGAUUGAGCUCAAAGGGCUUGGCAAGCAUGUCGUCUUCGACCAGCAGUGAAAAUAUGUCGACCGGAACUGGUACCCUGCCUCCCCCGUCGUCAUAUAUCGGUUCGCCUGUUUUCUGGAUCGGAGUCGGUGUAGCAUUGUCUGUGGCGUUUUCCACGGUCUCUUCAAUGGUAAAGAAAUAUGCCAUGCAACAAGCAUUUAAGUCAAUGAUGACCCAGGCACCACCAAACACUUUCGGCUCCAACUCGCCUUUCCCAUUUGCCAUGCCACCACAGGCAGCUCCCACUGCCCCAAGCGGUUACCCAUACUCCGAAACAAAGAAAGAUACCUCCCCACAGGGUGCAACUGUUGAUGUUUCAGCUACUGAAGUGGAAGCCAUUGGAACUCCAAAAGAGGCGGACGUGGCUGAAACAUCAAAGCCUGCCAAGAAAUUUGCAUUUGUUGAUGUUUCUCCUGAAGAUUUGCAGCAAAAGAACCUCCAAUCUUCACUGGAGACAGUUGAUGUGAAACCUGAUAGUACAGACAGUGUAAGUAAGGAGGAUACUGAGCAAAAAGUUCCCACAAAUGGAGAGGCUUUUAAGCCGAACGAGGAUGCUUCUCGCGGGCCAACUGAAUCUAGUAAUACGGGACCUAUGCUAUCCAUUGAGACAAUCGAGAAAAUGAUGGAAGAUCCAGCUGUGCAGAAAAUGGUUUUUCCCUACUUGCCAGAAGAGAUGAGGAACCCAGAUUCAUUCAAGUGGAUGCUUCAGAAUCCAAUGUACCGCCAACAACUACAGGAUAUGCUAAAUAACAUGGGUGGUUCUCCUGAUCAAUGGGACAACCGCAUGCUCGAUCACUUGAAGAACUUUGACCUUAGCAGUCCAGAAGUGAGGCAGCAGUUUGCUCAAGUUGGCAUGACUCCGGAGGAAGUAGUAUCUAAGAUCAUGGCAAACCCAGAAGUUGCUGUUGCAUUCCAGAAUCCAAAAAUCCAAACAGCCAUCAUGGAUUGCUCGCAGAACCCUCUUAACAUUGUAAAAUAUCAAAAUGACAAAGAGGUCAUGGAUGUUUUCAUGAAGAUAUCACAAAUAUUCCCCCAAAUUAAUGGCUAGUCGAUCUUUAUCAUGAGAUUGCAGUUUUGUGUCCAAAUGGCUGCGGUAGCAUCUGUUGACUGGCUGACUGAGUGAAGAAAAUGAGUCAAUCAGUUCCGGUCAUUAUUGCGAGAAAGAUGUACCCCGUUCUAUCAUGUUUUCUGAGUUGCCGGUGUACAUCGUAUCAUUAAGCUUUUUUUGGUGUGGUUAUGUACCUGCCUAAAGUGAGAUUAGUCAAUGUAGCAAAGCCAAGAUUGUUAUUCAACUCCCUGCCGGUACAACUGUGAAGUCGCAGGAUGUGAAGACGCUGAGACAUAUCAUAUGACCUCAAUUUUGAUAUAUUAUGUAAUAUAUUAGUGUCACCAUGGCAAUGCAAAUGAAUUUUGUUUAAACGUU